AUGAUUGCAGGAACAUCUUGUGGGAUCCAGUACUUCGAAGAGCUUGAAGAUCAUUGUUACAGGGGUAAUGAGGUUAAGCUCUAUGAACACCAGGUAGACGCUCUCUUUGCUAUGUUCUGGCACAAGGAGCCAGACAUCAAGUACUACAUGUGCACAAUCAAUAAAACAUUUGCUAAGCCAGGCCACCGCAUGGUAACCAAAUAUACUGAAGACAACCUGCUGGACUAUAUUGAUCCCAACAAUGAUACACUCAUGGUCAGGCUUGCGGAUGCCCGUCUACGCGUCGAAUGUCGCAUUAUGCUAGGAACUGACAAGAGGGCCACUAUAACCACCAGCUGGUCUGAGUUUCGUCGCCGUGCCAACAUUCGCGAAGGAGACAUCUGUGCUUUUCAUUUCAGGGUCACUUCAAAGCGCCGCGUGUUCUCACCGUGCACUGCCUCUAGAUCCACCAUCGAAGACACCACAGUUCCUGUGUGA